UAUUUGUGGUUCAAGAAGCGCUGAAAGAGGUUUCCUUAUAGUAAAUAAAUAUGUGGCGCGUCGUUUUACUACAGUGCUUUGUGUUUGGUAGUUCAGUUCUGUCUUUGAGUCACAAAGGAAACGAAACUUCUGCUAACGCGUCUACAUCCCCAUGGAGUCCUAGAAGUCUAGGCAGAAUUAUAGCCCACUGCAUGGGUGGCGCGGAUGCUUGGCAGUGUCUAGGCUCUGAGAGCGAGCAAUUGCUGGAUGGUGCAACCAGGGAUAACAGUACCUGGCAGAUCACCGAUUACCUAAGCAUCGAACCCAAGGUUGGGAUCAGCAAGCCGGAGACGAGGCGUAUGGAUAUGGGUUUACCCGGGAAACUGUUGGAGCUGGUCCAGGGAAGAGCACUGCGUCUUCAGCUGCCGCGCCAGUUGACCAUUUCAAAUGCCAUCGAUGACUUUGGCAGCGAGCUGGGCCUCGAUCAAGGUCGCAAAAAGAAGGACAAAGACAAGAACAUGGCGAUGAUGGGCGGCAUGAUCAUGAUGGCCACUCUGGCCCAAAUGUUCCUCGGCAAGGUCAUCCUCAUCGCCGGCUCGGCCUUUAUUAUGGCCAAGAUUGCCUUGGUCAUAUCAUUGCUGGGCAGUCUAAAAAAGGGUUCGACUGGUCACAGUGGUAGUGGAGGAGGUAGUGGCACGGAGCACGUGGUGGUUCACUCCAGCCACGAGAGCGGCUGGCACCGCAGCAUGCCCACCCACGACACAUACUCGCAGUUGGAUCAGGUAGAGGAACCACCGUUGGGCAGCCAUAUGGAGUACUACCAGGCCUACCAGAUGGAGCCACUAAAGCGCCGCCUGCAUCAGGCGGCGGCUUACCCAGAUCAGCCACGUCCAGAGGCCACAAAAUCGACUCGGGGCUUUAUUUAGAUAUUAAAAUCAAACUCCUUGCGUGUCCAUAUAAUCGAACACAAUUAUCAUACAUAGAAAUC